UAUGUAUAGCUUACAACAAGAAGCUGUCUCUCAUUAUUAACAUUGUGCUGUAGGGUUAAAUAGUAAGAAACAGAACAUAUUGCAGUCUAGUCAGCCGAAGAAGGAAGUGCGCAGGGGUGAAGCCUCUCGCUCUGCGUAUAUACUCUUUGAUAAACCAAACUUUGUGAAGUCCGGUGUGGAAGUGUGGGAUAGUCUCCCCUGCGAGCUUGUUGGGGGAUGAUUGUUUCCUCAAAUGUAUUUUUUUCCCCCCUAAUGGAUUGGACAUCAUGAAUACUUCUUGAUCACAUGACCAGCCAGGAGUAUGGGAAAAUUCCAGUCCAAACUUGCUUCGAAACGCAGACAGAGUCCGGAGGGUAAGACAGUAAACCAAAUACUGUACAAACAGCACUUUGUACUUAUGUUCAAAUACUUCUUAUUAUGUUCUGCAGGUGGUAGUUUGGCUUCCAAUGUGCAGACCUGUCAAACGGAGCUGGAGCGAUUCCAUAUCCACAAAACCAAACUGACAGAGAACUUGUAUGUAGAAGUGAGGAAAAACCAGUCUGACCUAAACGGCAACCUUAAAGUGGUUCUGCCACCAAAGAAGACACCUGACAGAGGUAAAAGCAACCACUUCCAGGUCAAUAAACAGACAAAGAAGAGGAACAGCCAUGCUGGUGUCAACGACUGUACCAUGGGGCUUGAUGAGGACACUCAGCAGGAGUGGGUGUUCACACUGUACAACUUCAACAGCAGUGGCAAUGUCGUCAAAGAGGACAUUUCCAGUCUGAUACACUCCAUGUAUGAGGUUCUAGAGGCAUCAUUGAAGCAGCCGUGUGGUGGCACCGCACCCUUCAAGAUAAAGCUAGUUGUUACUGCGUCUGCUGACCCAGUAAAGACCUCACAAAUAGUUGAGAAGGAGCAGAGUGCGUCUCAGGAGCCAGGAACCCCUGUAAGAAGACUUUAUUGCAUGGAUGAAAACAUGGAGCGCAGGAACCACUACCUGGAUCUAGCUGGCAUUGAAAACUAUACCUCAAAGUUUGACAAUACAGAAUCUCCCUCUCAGGAGCCCAGACAGGAUACUCCUCAGCAUCAUCCUGUGGUGAACAUAGAGAACUGCAUCUCCCCUGAGCCUCCUAGAGGCCUCUCUAACCCUCAUUUCCUGAAGCGUAAGGCCAUGUCGGUGGGGAAAGAUAGGAAUGCAGGACAGAGAAGGUCCUGCAGGCUACACGGCCAGCACCCGGCUUCAUGGUGCCAUCCUUCUUCGCCUCAGGCACAGCGUACUCACAGCAGAAGGCUUCGCUCCAGGGCACUAGAGGCUUCCUCACACAUAAGACCCACACAAGGGGGAGACAGGGAACUUCCAACUUCCAACCUUCGGCCCUCCUGUGGGGCUCAAGCAUCUCCAGCCCAGAGACACGAGCACCAUCACCACCAUGACCAUCAUCAUCAUCAUCAUCACCAUCACUACCACCCUUCAUAAAUGCAUUUUAAACACAUGUGGGACACCAACUCUUUUGGAGGUUUGGAGGUGAAAUGCCACUCAGUAGGUCCUUGAAUCACCUCAUUUAAAUUAUAUUCAGUGUGUGUUGGAAUCAGGUUAUGACACUGUUAUCUAAUGCAAACAAACCCUAAACGAUUACCUACUGUAGAUCCAGAAAGGCCAGUUCAUUGUUAACUGAAUGCUACUUUUAUAGCCAUUUAGAUUGACAGGUUAAUCUCAGGUAGAUUUCCACUUAAGCUUCAAAUGUAUUUAAAUGCGCUCUUUGUAGAGCUACAUGUCUGCAUUUUAACCUAAAGCAUAACUUUUGUAUAUUAACAAUGUGUUUUUUUUCUGUUUGGAUAAAAUAAUGUAGAAAUGGAAAUACAGAAUGUCUUUAAUGAAACUGUUAUGUUAUUCUGUCACCUAUUUAUUUCCUGACCAAAUAUGUGUACCAUGGAACAAAGAAUAUAAUGGCAUUGAAUCAUUUCACAGUUGAUAGUUCAAGAAAGAGCCUUAGGGGACUGGAUAAGGAUUGAAAAAUCUAGUCCUGUGUGCUUGAAAUGACAAUAAAUCACUUCUCAGUUGAUAGUCGGUAUUACAAAACCA